ACAUUAACACACGGCCACACACUGCUACCACAGCCACUAAUCUCAGGUGAUCACCGAAUCAAGCAGGCGAAGAUGGUGCACGCCGCGACAGCCGAGCGCUUCAGCAGCGUGUUCGCCUCCUUCGACCGCGACGCCGACGGCAAGAUCUCGGCGGCGGAGCUGCGGCAGUGCAUGAAGGCGGCGCUGGGCGAGGACGUUUCGGUGGAGGACGCCGAGGCGCUCGUGGCAUCGGCAGAUGCCGACGGCGACCGGCUGCUGAAUGAGGAGGAGUUCCUCAAGCUGCUGGCGCGGCCGGAGACAGAGGCGGAGGAGGAGCGGUGCAGGGGGCUGAGGGAGGCGUUCGCGAUGUACGAGGUGAAGGGAGAAGGCUGCAUCACGCCGGCGAGCCUGAUGCGGAUGCUCGCCAGGCUGGGGUCCGAGCAGGGCAUCGAGGAGUGCCGCGCCAUGAUCCGCAGUUUUGAUCUGAAUGGAGAUGGAGUUGUUUGCUUCGACGAGUUCAAGGUCAUGAUGGAUGCCUAGC